AUGGUUUCAUUCACUUCUGCCGUCAUCGCGGCAAGCGUGGCCGUCCAGGCACUUGCUCUGCCUACCGAGCUUGUCUCUCGAAGCACUGCCAAUUCGCAGGGCACGAGUGGUGGUUACUUCUACCAGUUUUGGUCGGACGGCACAGGCAAUGUUCAGUACACGAACGGGGAUGCGGGCGAGUACAAGGUGACAUGGUCGAAUGUCGGCGAUUUCACAUCUGGAAAGGGCUGGAAAACUGCUACCGACCGGACCAUCGACUACUCCGGCACCUUUGUCCCAGGGAGCAACGCGUACUUAGCCGUAUAUACUUGGUCAGGGACUGGCGAGACAUACAUUCUCGAGAAUUAUGGACCAUACAAUCCAGGUACUGGCGGAACCCACAUGGGCACGCUGUCCAGCGACGGAGGCAUGUACGAUAUUUAUCGUGUCUAUCGCAGCGCCACAUACGUGCAGUACUGGUCUGUCCGCCAGCAGAAACGGUCUUCCGGGACAGUCACGACAAAGAACCAUUACGACGAGUACAACAAGCUCGGCUUGACGUUUAACCCGGCCACGAACGCGACAUACCAGAUCGUUUCCACCGAGGGGUUUGGUAGCACCGGCAGCGCAGAUAUCACGGUGUCCGAAGGCACGUCCAGCGGGAGCACAGUUGGAUCAGCAUCGAGCGGUAUCAGCUCAGUCGUGGCGCCUAGCUCGGCAAAAUCCUCGAGCGUCCCGUUGGCUUCCAGCACCGUGAAAGCAAACAGCUCGACGAAGAUCUCCAGUGUUGUGCUAGCUUCCAGUAUUGCGAAAGUUGUCAGCUCCGCCGCUCCUACCAGCCCUACCACUGAAACUCAGUGCGAAAUCUCGAUCACAAUCACACCGACGUCGACCGCUACAUCGAUGGCAACUCCGGAGUGCGAGGUGCAGUAUGUCACAGUUUGA